GAGCUGAGGGGUUCUCCCAGAAGAUUAUGUGAAUAUUGUUGAAUAGUGUUCAAGAAUCCCCCAGUUUGGAAUCGGUUUCGGAUAUGGUGGAAGUGGCGCUACGCGGUGGCCAUUAGCCCACUUAUUUUUUCUGCUUCUGAUGUGUUGCUUGGAUCUGUGAAAAGGAAGAUUGCAGUGUUUUGCUCCUGUGGGGCGCUUCUGGUCGCUUCUAUCAGAAUCAGAGAAAUUGGUGUUUAUGGAAUAGUGUUCUUUUAGUUGGAGUUAAAAAAAAAAGUUGGUGAAUGUUACGUGUAGGCGGUGGAAGAAAAAAGUUUGAGGUGGAAAAGAACGCUGCCUCGUUUGCAGCACAGAAGGUUUACACAUCGACUAAAAAGCGUUGAGAAGAUACGAAGAAGCUAAUUUGAAGUGAUUUUCCAGCCAAGAAGAAACGACUAAGAAGCAAAUGAUUACGCCGUUCGCAUACUUAAGUGAAACCUAGUGAUUCUCGCGCACGGCCUACUGAAGGUGAUGUGACACACGAAAGAAAUGAGAGGUGUUGGGCAACUAUACAGAGAAGUGCAUUUCGAGCAGCAGGCUGCUACCAUGGGAAUGGGGCGGCAAUUAGCGUGUGAUAACGACGAUCUGUGAUAAGAUCGAAUCGGAAGGAAGAAGAAAGGGCGGAAGUAUUGUGUAAAUGUGCAGUUAUCGUCACCAGUGGCCAGCGAACGCCACCCGUCCUACCAGUGUUUGUGUGGGAUUGAUAGCGAGACACCAAGGAUUACUGCGGUUCGAUUGAUUCAAAUUUGAACUAUUAGAAAGAGAAGAACGAGUUGCAGGAGGUUGUGACGUCUAGUCGAACUAACAACCGUAGUGACAGAACGAAAAAAAUCGAAGCUGCAAGAUGACGGUGGAUUUUAACGAUUACUUUUGGGUCAUCUAUACUAUAACAUUCGUAUAAAUAGUGAAUUAGUGAAGUGAGAACAGAAAAAGAAACAAAGGAAAAAUGACACAAGCUACCAGAAUACUUAUCUCUCCGCUUCCCAAACCUGUCACUAAACAAAGUUUGGCAAAGCUAUUCGCACACUACGGAGAUGUGCUCGAUGUGGAAGUGUUCGGAUCAAGCGCAUCUGUCUACAUGGCAAGUCGUGAAGCUGCAGAAUUGGCCGUACAUCGCUUGCAAGCUCGUGUGGUCGAUGGCACCAGCUUGAACAUGACUUUAAAUAAGGGCAACGUAUUGCUGCGCCGAAAUCCUUCGAAGUGUGUAGCAAAACCUCACGACACUUCCAACGAAGAAGACAAUGCGCGGUAUGUAUUUUUCGUGUCCAACAUCGGGAGCCAGGUGCCGUUAGAAGAAGUUCUAGAUCUGUUUCGCGUUUACGGGACGGUGCUCGAUGGCAAACGUAAAGCAAAUACUACGGCAAUGGUGAUACUGGAGACAGCUCACUGUGGUACUGAUGUGCGUCGAAAGAUGUCACGAUGCUUCGUUAGAGGUUACCGUAUUAUGGUCAGUCUCUGGAGCGGUAUUGUAUGGCAACCGGAGAAGGAUGGGAACAACGAGUGCGAGGGCGAGAAAAACAACGGCUACGAAGUGCUGUACCAGAACAUGAAGUAUGGCCUCUCGGCGACCAAGGAACUGGCCGAGUACUUUCGCGAGCGGUCCAACCUGGAGGAGUACAACUCCAAGCUGCUCACCAAGCUGGCCAACAAGGCCGGAUCCGGUGGGGGCGGUACGUUUUCGCCACUGUGGAUCAUCCUCAAGUCGACGACGGAACGGCUGUCCGAGCUGCACGCUGCCAAGGUCCAGAAGUUGACCGAGCUGGUCAAGAACAUCAACAAGUACGCCGAGGAGCUGCACAAGAAGCAUAAGUCCGUUAAGGAGGAAGAAUCCAGCACACAGGAUGCAGUGCAUGCCAUGAAAGAGUCAACGACGGCGGUAGCCAAGGCCAAGGAUGUCUACAACACGCGCCUGCAGGAGCUGGAAAAGGCCCGCAAGGACAACUCGGCCAAGGAGAUCGAAAAAUCCGAGGCCAAGCUUCGCAAGCAACAGGACGACUACAAGGCCCUGGUGGAGAAGCACAACAUCAUCAAGCAGGAGUUCGAAAAGAAGAUGACAAUAACUUGCAAGCGCUUUCAGGAAAUCGAGGAAGCUCACCUUAAACAAAUGAAGGAAUUCCUCACGUCCUACAUGGAAAUUGUGCAAAACAACUUUGACCUAGUUGGACAGGUUCAUUCGGAUCUAAAACGUCAAUUUUUGGAACUGACCGUGGACAAACUGCUCGAACAGUUUGUUCUCAACAAGUAUACCGGACUGGAGAAGCCAGAGUUUAUAGAGCUUGAUUUGGUGAAGUUGGGCAGUCGUUCGCUAGGAACAACGGCCACGGCAGCAACGUCCAAUAAUCAGCUUUUGAUCAACACUUCGAUGCCAAACGCGACCUCUGGUGGAUCGGUAACGACGGUAGCGGAAGGUUCAGUGACCGAUUCACCGGCGCUGUCUACGACCAGUUCCACCCAACCGGUUCCAAUCAUCAAGAAGGAGAGCAAUCUGAGAAGCUGGUUUACGUCCAGUUCCAGUGCGGCAGUCCCAACAAAUUCGCCGGUAAACCUGUCUACUUCGCCUCCGGCUUCCGGCGGCCGGGGAAGUCUCCUUGAUGCCCUCGGGGGUAGUACGGACCGGCCAAUGUCGCCGGCUGCGGCGGGGGAUUCAUCCGCUUCCAGUUCAGCCCAAAGUACGGCUAAGACAAGUAAAUCCUUUUACGGAGACUUUCUAAACAAAACUAAUCAUCAUCAUCAACAACAACAACAACCACCACAAAACAAGCAACAGCCGCAAAUGAAACAGGAACAAGAAUCGCAACAACAACAACAACAAAAAUCUUCCCGCCGCACUACCUCCCUUUUAAAUCUCUUCAUGUCUAACUCCCAGGGAAGUCGCGAAAGUCGCGAUUCGACGACCAGUGGCGGAGCGGAUUCGGUGUCCACCAGUACAGCAGGAGGCGCUGGCGGCGGCGGUGGUGGUUCGGCCAUUUCCGCUCCAACCAGUCCGAACGAUGUCCACAACAGCAACCAGCAUGGCGGCAGUAACAACAGCAACGGUCUGGCCAGCACCUUCAUUGGCAGGAACGCAUUGCUUCGGGGGUCCAAGUUUUCCGGAUUCCUAAGGAGUCGGCGAGAAAAAGCCAAAUCGAAAAAGACCAAAAAGAAGAAAGACUCCACCGAAAACUGCAGUGCCAAAGACGAGAAACUUUCCGAUGCUGAGGAUAAGGACGAAACUACCAAGGCUUCGGACGCGGCCAGUAGCAACCUCCAGACCACCUCCGCCGUCAGUACGGGGAAUGUAGCUCCAACGGCGACACCGGAAGUCGACGAGGACGGCUACAGUAUACAGCCCCGAGAAACCACCUGGGACAGUACGACCCUCACCGAGAAGAGUAACAACUUCUACUCGAGCUCGGACAGUGAUAGCGAAGACGAGCGCGGGGAGCGGAAGAUACACGUGGAGAUCAAGCCGCUGAACAACGGGGCGGCACCCAUAUCGGCCAGUGUGGACGAGUUGCGGGCAACGGUGGAAAAUCUGUCGCUUUCGCCGAUAGGGGCGCUGUCGUCGCAGCAGCACCACCACCACCAUCAUUCGUCGUCGGCUUCGUCGGCCCACCAUCACCAUGCCGGCCCCGGGCAACACCUGAGUGGCGCCCAAUCGGCCGCCCUGUUGAACAACAAUACCCAUCUAACUAGUCCGAAUGCGUCCAACGCAUCCACUCCCACGACGGUACAUCCGUACGCUCCGCUGCAGAGUCCCACACUGUCGAUGUCCACAACUUCCAAUAACCGUUACGCGGAUUUGGGAGACAUCUUCUCGGAGGUGGGUGAUAUCAGUGCCUCGGCGCCAGCUUCGGCCAACUUGACCAAACUGACGCAACGACAGAUUCCUACGCCUACGUCCACCGGCGGAAGUAGUAUAGCGAUACCAAGGCCACCGUCACGAAGAUCUGAAGCGGCAGUGCGAGGCCGAAUAAGCCCUGCUUCGCAGAUAGCCCGGGCGGACAGUGUAGGUAGUUUGGAGUUCCGUAGUCCUAGCGUUGGAAUUGGAUCGUCGAGAGGUCCUUCGCCAUUGACCAUUGGAAUGUCGGAUACGAUACCGUUGGCCGUUGCCUUCCAUGAAAUUAUUCAUGCUUACUUCAGGGGUGCGGAUGAAUCUCGCUGUCAGGUAAAGAUGUCCGGUGAUAUGAUGCUGUCCUUCCCGGCCGGGAUUGUUAACGUUCUAGCGAAUAAUCCCAACCCGGCAAAGCUGGGUUUCCGCAUCAAGAAUCUUCAAAAUCUAGACAACCUGCUGCCGAACAAGCAGUUGAUCACGAUCGAUAAGCUGCAAUCGACGGCUCUCAGUACAACGUUGGAGUUUAAUAUGCCAGUAUUAACGUCAAUCCUGAGGCGGCAAUCGGAACAGAAUCCGACGGCGCCGUACUUCAAUGUUGACAUUCUCAAAUAUCAGGUGAAAGCCAAGCCGGGAGCCGCCUCCUGUCCAUUCCAAUUGGUGUCCUACUGGAAGUGCGAACAGAGGCACACGGACAUCAAGAUCGACUACAAGUACAAUAGUCAUGCCAUGGCACUGGCCUCACCGUUGCUGAACGUAUCGCUAACGGUUCCGGUCGAUGGCGGCGUGAAAAACGUGCAAUCGAAACCUCAUUCGGCAUGGCAAGGGGAAUCCAAUCGGUUGGUGUGGAACUUCACCGACAUAUCGCAGCACUCGGAUAACCUGGGCGUUGAUACGUUGCGAGCUCGUCUGGAAGUCGGCACGGGACCAUCGAAUCCGGCUAUUAUUUCGGCACAGUUCAACUGUGAGGGAACGACACUGUCCGGCAUCGAGUUUGAACUGGUCGGAACGGGUUACCGUUUGUCGCUGGUGAAGCGGCGGUUCGUGUCAGGUAAAUACAUCUGCGAAGGGGACGGCAUCCGUUCGGUGAAAACACCAACCCCACCGAAUGCCGGCAUUCUCUCACCUAGUCCAUACAGUAACAAAUCCGCCGGUUCGGGCGGAUCCGGAUAGCAAAAGCUCUACUUUUUCGACUAGAAACGAUCUGGAGACCGGCAGUGCGGUAAAUUCGAACAAACGUGCGCAAGUAUGAGGAAUGCUAGUCGCACUCUCUAAUCUAUUACAAUUGAAUUGUUGUAAAACCACCAAGCUUUGGGGGAAGACUAUCGAAGUAUCAGAUCAGGAGAAGAAUGACGUUAUUUACCCAGUUAUAGUGUUGUCUCUUCAGUUUACGUACACUUGACGUAACCGAACGAAAUGUUGCCUUUUUCAAACAGAUUAUAUAUAACAGAACCGAAGUACAUGUUUAUAUUAACGUAGACUAGCUAGUUAGCAAAUCAGAUAAAACCGGCCAAGCCAGCGCUUGUCCGAUACUGCUUCUGUAAAUACUCAAAUUCUGUUCAUGAGCAGUCUUAUAGCUGCAUGUUUCCUUUCAAACUACUUUCCAAUUCAACUAAUCGACAUUUCCAGGCGUGAAUAUUUAUAACACUUUGGGGUAAAUCUUUACUUGAAUCCUAUUACCAUAGCAUGUACAGGCAGGAAGAAUCCAAUUGUUACAGUAGAUGUAGUUUAAACAAAACCAGAACCAUAGUUAUAUUCGCAGGUACGUCGUUCAAAAACUUUAAUACCAAUAUCGCGCGAAAAUUAACUGAAAUAAUCGUACAACCUGUAUCAUUUGUAACAAAUUUUACAAUUUGAUUCUUUAUAUACCCGUCGGAUUUCGUUGGGUGCUUAGCUCGGCAGUUAAGUUCAAAUUCCAGCAAUUUUGACGUAAAAUCUUUCUUCAUACCCUAAAAUUUAUUCAGAAAACAAAAACGAAUAUGGAUCUUUCGAUCACUACUGAACUGAUAUUUAGAUGAUUACAAGCGAUCACAUAGCAGAGACACUUUGUACAUGUACUAUUAUACUAACUGAUAGUCGCCGUUAGGAAUAUAUGUUAGACAUAUAUCACACAACUAAAAUAAAUUUAUUCAAAAUCUCACAUAAUGUUACUAACACAAACCGGGUUCAGUUUUCAACUAAUGUGAUUGAGGCUCUUCGAAGUUGAUUCUUUGGCACAAGGUUACCAAAAUGUGAAUCAAUUUUACAGGAAACAAAAGCCGUAAAACUGAAAUGAAAAUGUGAACAGUCGACGGCGGAAAAAUAUACGGUUAUUGGAAAACGAAACAAAACUUAUUCCUAGGUGAUAGGUUUUAGCCGAAACAUCCCUAAAAAUAGCAGAAAAAAGGAAGAAUAUAUGCGUAAACUACUGCAGUUAGAUGUAAUUCAGAGGAUAUUGAAAAUAAACCAAGAAAUUAUACGAAA